GCGGUAGGAGCUACUUCCUGGAGCUGCUGUGUGGAGGGAAUCUUGCUCUGGGAAGAUGAUUCAGGCCAUUCUGGUUUUCAACAACCAUGGGAAGCCGCGGCUGGUCCGCUUCUACCAGCGUUUUUCAGAAGAAAUUCAACAGCAGAUUGUUCGAGAGACUUUCCAUCUAGUCCUCAAGCGGGAUGACAACAUCUGUAACUUCUUGGAGGGCGGAAGUUUGAUUGGUGGCUCCGACUACAAACUGAUUUACCGGCACUAUGCAACCCUCUACUUUGUAUUUUGUGUGGAUUCAUCAGAGAGUGAACUUGGGAUCUUGGACCUCAUCCAGGUUUUUGUGGAGACCUUGGAUAAGUGUUUCGAAAAUGUUUGUGAAUUGGAUUUGAUCUUCCAUAUGGAUAAGGUACACUAUAUCCUUCAGGAGGUAGUGAUGGGUGGGAUGGUGCUGGAAACAAACAUGAAUGAAAUUGUGGCUCAGAUUGAAGCUCAAAACAAGCUAGAGAAAUCAGAGGGCGGCCUCUCAGCAGCCCCUGCCAGGGCUGUGUCUGCUGUGAAAAACCUCAAUCUGCCUGAGAUUCCUCGGAACAUCAACAUUGGCGAUCUCAACAUCAAAGUCCCCAACCUGUCCCAGUUUGUCUGAAGGUUGAGGCUUGGGCUGAACUGAAUCCUGAAAACAAGCGAAGCCAAGCAAGUCCUGAAAGAGAACCCAUUUUGAGCCUUAGAAGAAUCAAACCUCAGGAUCCUUCCUGACCCUUUACCAUUUGGCAUGGAGUAGGGAAGGGUUAAUACUAUAUUCUCACAUGUGCAGCCAUGACCUUCUCUGAUACCUAUGGCCACUGCAGAUG